UCAAGGUUCAAGGGACAGCGGGGCAGGGCAAAGCAGGGAGCUUUGAGUGGGUUGUCCGAUUGAAGUACCUCUCUAGUCUCAAUUCUAAAACCCUCGCGAGGAUAAGAAAUAUUCUAAUGAAUUGAAACACAAUGCCCCAAGUCACAAACCUCCGCCUCCUCUUCCACUCUUCCUUUCCUCUCCUUUCCCCCCUUAAACCCUCUCUGUCCCUCUCCAAGUCUAAACGCCAUCAUUCUCUCUUCACCGUCCUCUCCUUCAAACGGCACCGCAAAGUUCCUCCUCAAUCUCCCAAUCUUGUUCGCAGAAACAAUAGCACUCUUAGAGAGAGCAAAGGUAUGGACAAAGGGGUUCCGAUGGAGGAAACUACGACUGUUGGAUUCAAUAAGAGAAGGGCUGAGGGCAGAGACAAUAGUGAUAGGCCCCUGAAGACCCUGCAGUUGAAAGUGCGCACGCUCAACCCUGCCAAUACCAUAUCUUAUGUCCAGAUAUUGGGGACAGGAAUGGAUACGCAGGAUACAUCGCCUUCAGUCUUGCUUUUUUUUGACAAGCAAAGAUUUAUUUUUAAUGCUGGAGAGGGAUUGCAACGAUUCUGUACAGAGCAUAAGAUUAAGUUAUCAAAGAUUGAUCACAUUUUUCUCUCUCGUGUCUGCUCAGAGACUGCUGGUGGACUUCCAGGUUUGCUGUUGACUUUGGCUGGCAUUGGAGAAGAAGGAAUGUCUGUCAAUGUUUGGGGUCCAUCGGAUAUGAAGUAUCUAGUUGAUGCCAUGAGGUCUUUCAUCCCAAAUGCUGCCAUGGUUCACACUCGGAGCUUUGGGCCCACACUUUCUAAUGUAGCUGCUAUACCCGGGUCGAGUAAGUUUCCAGAUCCCAUUGUUCUCAUUGAUGAUGAGGUUGUCAAAAUAUCAGCCAUUAUCCUACAGCCAAGUUGCUUCGAAGGGUCCCAACACGUGAAUGAAGAACCCGUCAUGCAGAAUGCUUCAGAAAAGGGUCUGGAAGGGAGGAUAGAUCAUGUCUCCAAACCCCUUAGUCCAAACAGAAAAACAGGAUCUGCAAUAAAGCCUGGUGAUAUGUCUGUAAUUUAUGUCUGUGAAUUGCCUGAGAUUAAAGGAAAAUUUGAUCCAGCCAAGGCCAUGGCACUUGGUCUUAAACCUGGCCCAAAGUAUCGCGAACUGCAACUUGGCAAUUCAGUGAAGUCAGAUCGUCAAAACAUCAUGGUCCAUCCAAGUGAUGUAAUGGGUCCUUCUGUUCCUGGUCCCAUUGUAUUCCUUGUCGAUUGCCCAACGGAAUCUCAUUUGGAGGAGUUGUUGUCCAUACAAUCUCUCAGUAGUUAUUAUGCAGACCACUCAGGCAACCCAACAGAUGGUGCUAAGACAGUUACUUGUAUUAUUCAUUUAAGUCCUGCAUCUGUUAUAGGUAGUUCCAAUUAUCAGAGAUGGAUGGAAAGAUUUGGUUCAGCCCAACAUAUCCUGGCUGGGCAUGAAAUGAGGAAUGUGGAGAUUCCAAUUCUAAAAUCAAGUGCAAGAAUUGCAGCACGACUUAAUUACUUGUGUCCUCAGUUUUUUCCAGCUCCAGGUUUUUGGUCUCUUCAGCAGCUUAAUUACUCAGCAUCAGACUCCAUUGCUCCAAGUGAGGGUCCAGUUUCAAAGCUUUGUGAAAGAGUCUCUGCUGAAAAUCUUCUCAAGUUCACUCUGCGUCCUUAUGCUCAUCUUGGGUUGGAUAGAGCUUGUAUUCCAUGUACAAUGGCUCCCUCCAAAAUCAUUGAGGAGUUACUGUCAGAGAUUCCAGAGAUUGAAGAUGCUGCCCAACAUGUCAGUCAGUUCUGGCACAGGUCCAGUGAGACAGUGGAGACAACUCUCAUGCAAGAUAAUGAUGUUGUCGUUGAAGAGCCAUGGUUGAAUGAGAAUAAUCUUCCUAGUUGUUUGGAUAAUAUAAGGAGAGAUGACUUAGAGAUUGUUCUUCUUGGGACUGGUUCAUCCCAGCCAUCUAAAUACCGGAAUGUUAGUUCUGUCUACAUUAAUCUUUUCUCAAAAGGAAGUUUGCUAUUAGAUUGUGGUGAAGGAACACUGGGACAGCUGAAAAGAAGAUAUGGUGUAGAGGGUGCCGACAAUGCUGUGAGAGGUCUAAGGUGCAUUUGGAUUUCUCAUAUACAUGCCGACCACCACACUGGUUUGGCAAGAAUACUUGCUUUGCGACGUAAUUUGUUAGAGGGAGUGCCUCAUGAACCAAUACUUGUUGUGGGGCCAAGGCAGCUUAAGAAAUACCUUGAUGCAUACCAACGACUUGAAGAUUUAAAUAUGCAGUUCCUCGAUUGCAAGCAUACCACCGAAUCUUCAUGGGAUUCUUUUGAGGGUAUUGCUGAAUCGAAGGAUUGCUCCUCUCCAGGAAGUCCAAUCAAUGCUGAGUAUAUGAACAAAACGAACUCAGAUGGGCCAGUGGGACAGAGUACUGAUUGUACUCUCUUUGCUAGAGGAUCUCGUAUGCAGAGCUAUUGGAAGAGACCGGGUGGUCAAGUUGACAAUACCGUGGCUUUGCUCCUAAAGAGCUUGAAGAAAGUUCUCGGUGAAGCUGGUUUGGAGGUCUUGCUUAGUUUUAAUGUUGUGCACUGUCCACAGGCAUUUGGUGUUAUGCUAAAAGCAGCAGAGAGAAUCAAUGGUGUUGGGAAAGUGAUACCGGGGUGGAAGAUUGUGUACUCAGGUGACACUAGGCCCUGCCCAGAACUGAUAGAAGCAUCGUGUGGUGCUACUGUUCUCAUACAUGAGGCAACUUUUGAAGAUAGCAUGCAUCAAGAGGCUGUUGCAAGAAACCAUAGCACAACGAAGGAAGCUGUAGAAGUUGGGAACUCUGCCGGCGUAUAUCGCAUUAUCCUUACCCACUUCAGCCAGAGAUAUCCCAAAAUUCCGAUCUUUGAUGAGACACACAUGCAUAAGACAUGCAUUGCAUUUGACAUGAUGAGUGUUAAUAUAGCAGAUUUACCUGUACUUCCAAAGGUUCUUCCAUACUUGAAACUGCUUUUUCAAAACGAGAUGAUAGUUGACGAGUCGGAUGAUGUUUUAGAUGCUGCAACUGCAGCUUCAUAACUAUAUAUUUUUCAUUAUUAGGAAGUUGGCUGACGCUUGUUCUUUCA